GCGCAGCGGAGGGCGGCGCGGGCGGCAUGGGGACUGCGGCGGCGGCUGCGGCGGCCGGGGAGGGGGCGCGCGGCCCGAGCCCCGCCGCCGUGUCGCUCGGCCUGGGCGUGGCUGUGGUGUCCAGCCUAGUGAACGGGUCCACGUUCGUGCUGCAGAAGAAGGGCAUUGUGCGCGCUAAAAGGCGAGGUACUUCCUACUUAACAGACAUUGUGUGGUGGGCUGGCACAAUUGCAAUGGCUGUCGGCCAGAUUGGAAACUUUCUAGCUUACACUGCGGUUCCUACGGUCCUGGUGACUCCCUUAGGUGCCCUUGGAGUACCGUUUGGGUCCAUUUUAGCUUCUUAUCUUCUGAAGGAAAAGCUCAACAUCUUGGGCAAGUUGGGGUGUCUGCUAAGCUGCGCAGGCUCUGUCGUGCUGAUCAUCCAUUCCCCAAAGUCUGAGAGUGUGACCACUCAGGCUGAGUUGGAGGAGAAGCUGACCAAUCCAGUGUUUGUGGGCUACCUGUGCAUUGUGCUGCUCAUGCUGCUGCUGCUGAUCUUCUGGAUUGCACCAGCCCACGGGCCCACCAACAUCAUGGUCUACAUCAGCAUCUGCUCCUUGCUGGGGAGUUUCACCGUGCCUUCCACCAAGGGCAUUGGGCUGGCAGCCCAAGACAUCUUGCACAACAAUCCAUCCAGUCAGAGAGCCCUCUGCCUGUGCCUGGUGCUCCUGGCCGUCCUCGGCUGCAGCAUCAUUGUCCAAUUCAGGUACAUCAACAAGGCCCUGGAGUGCUUCGACUCCUCCGUAUUUGGGGCCAUCUACUACGUUGUGUUUACCACGCUGGUCCUACUGGCUUCAGCCAUCCUCUUCCGGGAGUGGAGCAAUGUGGGCCUGGUGGACUUCUUGGGCAUGGCCUGUGGAUUUACAACUGUCUCCGUGGGAAUUGUCCUCAUACAAGUGUUCAAAGAAUUCAACUUCAACCUUGGGGAGAUGAACAAAUCCAAUAUGAAAACAGACUAAGCUGUAACCAAGGGGUGGGGGCUUGGGGAACAGGCAUUGGAGGGCAUCUGUGGUUCUUACUACAUGUCAAGUAGAAGAGGCUCUCGGGGAGAGUUGCCUGUGAACUAACAAUCUAGUGGACAAUAGGCUUUGCACCAGGGGGAGGUCCAGACCUCUGCAGCACAGAACUCCCAAUGGUUGGUUGGGUGUAAACUCUCUCUGAUGAGACAAAUUCUGUUUUCAUUUCCAUUAACCCAGAAGCUUUCAUUAAUUAAUUGUUUAAAACAUUUUAACAUGAUUUACCAGAAAAUAAGGAUGAGGUCUUUCUAGUUAGUCUUUGUAGGGGAGCAGAUAUUCUUAGAGUACCUUGGAAAAGGGAGUGAAAUCUGGCCCUGUACAGUAAACGUGAGUGACUUUGUGCUUGUGUUAAGCAUGUAUAGCAUUCAGGUAUUUUACUCAAAUAAUCGGUAUGUGAAUCGAGUUGUUUUUAGUCCUUCAACAACCAGACUCUCCUACAUGUACCCCAAAGCCGAGGUAAGCACAGAGAGAAGAGUUAAUGACAGUGACACAGAGUUCCAUUAACAGGGCGACUUUCCGAUAGCUCACAUCAGUUUUAGUGCCUUUAUCAUUUGAAUUAUUCACUUAAUUUAACUAUUACUGUGUAUAUUUUAACUGUUCUAAUUACAAAUACAUAAAGAAUUAGAAAAAUACUAAGGCCAGUGGAAGAUAGCAAAAAACUAAAGAUAGAGGACAAUUUGAAAAGUGACCCAGAUGUAGAUUGUCAUCCAGUUAAGGACAACUGAUUAAGUAUGAAGAGAUAUUUAAUUUGCACUUAACCUCUGUUACUUGGAUUCAUUAUGAAAAACACCUGCUUUCUGUUUCAGGCAGUAUUGUGUCCAUUCAGAAGAAAUAAACUAUUGAACUUGA